CAGUGGAGGCAGUUGAAGGCCAUGAAAUGGCAUGGAUUUGGCUAUCAUUCCAACAACCUGAAUGCAGGAGAUCUCACAUUGUUUUGCCCCACAUGUCCUCAGCCUGGGAUUAAUAUAUCCUUGUCAGGGGAUGAAUCACUUGAUGACUGGAAAUACACCUGGUCAUUUGUUAUGGAUGGAAAUUUCAAAGCUGAACACCUGCAUCCCAUCAAGCCAUUUGAUGAAGUGUGGCUUUCUGAUGGGUUGGGAUUUAUGGAUCUAUCUCCCAAUAUCAGAUAG